AUGCAGCUUCAACUUCUCUCUGCUCUCUUCCUGUUCGGCACGGGCAUACAGGCCCUCCCUGCCUCGGCCGCGCAAGAUCAGACGACCAGUAUCAGCUCCUCCACUUGCACUACCUCCUCCUCCUCCUCCUCCUCUACCGCGACCCCCACCCCCUACGACUUCACCGCCGGCGCCGUCCCCUCCUACCCGAUCCACCCAUCGUGCAACAGCACCCUGCGGCGGCAGCUCGAGCGCGCUCUGGACGAGACGGUGGCGCUGGCGGCGCACGCGCGCGACCACAUCCUGCGCUGGGGCGUCGACUCGCCCUUUGUGCAGAAGUACUUCGGCGUGUUGUUGGCGUCGACUGCCGCGCCGCUGGGCUGGUAUAGCCGCGUGGUGGCGGCGGAUAAGGGGGGGAUGACGUUCCGCUGUGACGACCCGGAUCGCAACUGUGAGACGCAGGAUGGCUGGGCGGGUCACUGGCGCGGCGAAAACGCCACCCAGGAGACCGUCAUCUGCCCGUUAUCGUUUUCGAAGAGGCGCUGGCUGGACUCGGUGUGCGGGCUGGGAUACACCGUCGCCGGGUCGCCGCUCAACACCUUCUGGGCGACCGACCUGCUGCACCGGGUGCUGCACGUGCCGAGGAUCAGCGAGGGGGUUGUCGAGCACUACGCCGAGGACUAUGAGGGCGUGCUGGAGCUGGCCGCGACGGACCCGGCCCGGUCUGCGAUCGACAGCAACACGCUACAGUAUUUUGCCAUUGAUGUGUAUGCAUAUGACAUUGCCGCGCCGGGGGUGGGAUGCACCGGGAAGCCGGAGAAGUCGGAAGAGUCGGACUGA